UUUCCAAAGAGGAGAAACAUCUGGCUCACAACCAGCAAGCACAAAGAAAUCAAAUUUACCUAUAUCAGCUCGUGAAAAGAUGAUAUUGGAUAUUGAAAAUCAUGUUCGUUUAAAUUAACUAUGGAUUUAAGCUCGCUUGUUAAGCUGUGUUAUUUGUAACUGAGAUUAGAAUUAUAGGGCUUUGACAAGAACAAAAUGGAUGUUCAAAAUUUUCAGACAAAUGCGAACACCUUUUUUGGACGUGUUAUACAGAUGGCGGAAGAGGCAUUUAGUACUGCUGAACGAACACCGUUUGAUGCAGCACUAGACGAACUGAUUAAGGAAGGCGAAAAGCGAAGAAAAUGGGCGGAAAGUCUGGUAGCUCAGACUGAAAACAUGAUUCAGCCAAAUCCAGCUUUACGCGUUGAAGAUCUUAUACUUAAAAAUAUGGACAGAAAGAAAAUACGAAUAAGUGCGGGUGAACAGCUGGGAGAUAGUAUGAAUAACAUCGGAGACCUUCUUGGAGCAAGAACUCCUGGGGGUUCCGCACUUAAGACUUGUGCAGCGAGUCAAAUAAAAAUUGGGCAAGCUGAACAAAAAUUACAAGAGACAGUUACUAAAGAUUAUAUUGAAUGGUUACGUGCGUAUAUAUCAAAUGAAGCCAAAAUUGCCAAACAAGAACGAGAAAACUUGGAAACUGCUAGGCUGGAUUUGGACCGUUUGAAGACAUUGCAUAAACGCACCAAAGAUGAUAAACAAAAAGAUUUAGCACGGCAGCUAGAUGAAUCUCAGUUGAAGUUCGAUCGACAGUGUGCUGCUACAAAAAGGGUUUUAGAAGAAAGUGUUGCUAAAUUUGACUCACAAAAGAAUCAGUUGGAGAAACUUUUACAGGCUCAGUCGGACUAUUUUCGAACUUGUAUGGAUGCAGUGAAUUCGGCAUUACGUGAUUUAUGAAGGAGAAAUGAAAAGGAUAAAGGCGUUUGGAAUCAACGACGUACACAAUGAAAUUCGGUGGGAUUUUCGCUAAUUUUUUAAACAUUUAUUGUGCCUUACAUUUUUCUCUUCAAAAUCAUCCUGUUCCCUUUUUUAAAAUAAAAUUAUUCGCUCAAUUGUUGCCUACGAUGCCUUCGUAAAUGUUUCUCUUUUUCUAAUAAUAUUAACAGCUUAAAAAAUAGAAUUUCUCUUCCCCGUUGAUGAUUUCUAAAAAUAUGUUAAGUUAACCACACUGAAUUUUACCUGUUUUUUCCUAUUAUUAUUGCCUACUGUGAUACUGUUUUCCUAAAAAUAGUUUAUGUUUUUGUUGAACAAUUUAACCAAGAAUUUCUUUUCUAUUGUCUCAUGAAACCCUUUUUUAAAAGAAAUAAAUUAUAUAAUUGUUAUACAAAUACAUUUAUAAGUU